AUGCGGGAUAGAGCUCGUAUACCGUUGCUGGCGAGGUCCGUCAAGGAUAGAGUGACUUUAUACUCGGGCGGAGCUGACCCUUGGGCUGCACGUAGUUGGUUGAGGAAUUUAGAAAACACUUUCGGGUAUAUGAGCUGUACAGAUGAAGAGAGGGUGGAAUUGGCUGCUUAUCACCUCCGAGAUCAAGCAGUCACGUGGUGGGAUAUGCAGAAGAUGAUCUUCGGGGAGCAGCACAUCACAUGGAUGAUGUUUCGUGAUGCCUUUGAGAGACAGUACUUCCCUGCUACGUUUUGUCUAGCUCACCGUCAGGAGUUUCUGAAUCUCAAGCAGGGCGAUCGUUCAGUUUUGGAGUACAAUGCAGAGUUCAGUAGGUUGGCGGAAUUUUGUCCUCAGCUAGUGGCACAGGAUUACGAUCGGAUGCAUCAGUUUACUCAGGGUCUUGCUGCAUACAUUCGGAUCCGGAUGUCAGGUUUUCCAGGUAGUUCUUACCGGGAGGUGUUGGAUCGAGCAUUGUUCAUUGAGAUGACUCAGUAA